UCGACGUGCCGCCGCCGACGGCGGUCGCAGGGCUGCCACCAGCCACACUCCGCAGCAGCUGCCCCGAAAGCUCGAGAUCGCGCAGCGAACGGGGUGAACGCGGAUGGAGUGUCACGAGAGCAACGACGUUCGAUAACGAAUGAGUCGCUGUAUCGGAGUCAAUCGGAUGACGGAUUCUAUUUCCGAAGCUGCCACGAGCGUACGUACAUACGUUACGUGUGUCAACAUAAUGUAAAAGCAAAACGAACGGCGCGUGUAAAGUGCAAACGCGGCUGGAUGAUCAAUAAUCGGAGGACACAAGUACGUUGAUACGCUACAACGAUUCGUGCUUUAAAAUAUGGUAAAAUGACAGAAGAGAUGGACGUGAAAAUUGAUGUUGAAUAUUGUGGCUCGUGUGGACACAAGAAACAAUUUCUUCAGUUGGCAGAGGAAAUAAAAAAGAAUGUCCCCAACGCUACGGUCGCUGGCACAGCAGGAAGGCAAGCCUCUUUCGAAGUGCAAGUCAAUGAUGAAUUGGUAUACUCUAAGCUCCAGACGCUCGCGUUUCCUGAUUUUAUUGCAAUCGCGGAUAUGAUCAAAGAUGUGUCUACGGGUAAACCAGUGAAAAAAAUUGACCAGCAACAGGCGGCGGACUGUGUGAUAUUAUAAACGUUUUCAUAAAUCAGGUAUAGAUUAAAAAACUCAAUUUUUAUUGAUAUUUGUUACAGAAAUAAAAAUUUGUUAUAAAUAUA